GUAAGGAAGAUGUUCUUGCAACUUCCUCAUUCUGUGUCUUUCACUCUGCAAGCAGCGCACAGAGAAAACACUUUUCUUCUUUUUCUUCUGCUGCUGGACAAACUUCUUCAUCCAUCCAUUUCUACCGCUUCUUCACUCCUGUGCUCCCAGGUGCCUAACAUGGACUCCCAGUCCCCUCAGCUGCUUCUGGUGGCGCCCAAUGACACACGGCGUCUGCUGGAGGUCUACGUCAAACGCAGCCUCAGCUUCGACGAUGGCUCUCUGGACACCAAGCCUUGCGAGCGCCAAGCCAAGUGGGUGACUUUAUCCAAAAGACACAGAAGACACUCCAGCGACCCUUUCCUCCACUCCACUGAGGGACUGAACGACCACGUGUUUUCCACUGAACCUUUGGACCGACCGGAGACACAGCCUGAUGACAAGCUGAGCAAGAAGUCCAGAAAGAACAAAAAACCUUCCUUGUGGAAGACCUUCAUUGGUCUGUUCUCCAGGAGGACUAUUGAGGAUAAAGACGAGGACGCCUUAGACAUUCCUGAGGCGUCUUCAGUGGAUGAAGACUUGACCAUCGCCACCGCCUGCCUGCCUGCUUCCCCUCCACUCCAAAGGAAGAAGUCCUCAAGGAGGAGAUCAAUAAAAAGAAGGUUCUCUAAGAGACGUCUGUCCUUGAUUCAAUUCAGCAGAGAGGAGCCCAACCCUGCGGACAUCACCGGAGUAGAAGCUGUUGUGAGCGUGGAACCCACCUACUCCUACUACGAGAAGGUGUCCGAAGAACUGGAAAAGAUUCUCAAUGAGGUCAAGGAGAAUGAGGAGGUGGUGACCUUGUCAGAUGAGGAAGUCAUUGACAGAAUCAUCGCCUUGACAAAGGAGCAGGGUGACGCUAUCGAUGUCAAGAUAAGAGACAACGAAGCCCUGAGGAAAUUCUUCCAAGGGAUGUCCUACUCCUCCUUCCAGAGGUUGGCCGACGCCUACCUGGAGAAGGAGGCCUCGCCCCGCCCCACCCCCACGUCCGUCCUGCCAACGGCGCCGGAGCUGGUCCAGCUGGCCUUCACCCUGGACUUCACCGCCCGCAUCGCAGGACUCUCUCGGCAGAACAUCGGACACAUCACCGGGCUCGGGGACCGCUACCUGCAGGACAGAUUUGAAUACAAACAGGCUUGUUCCGACCAUCCCUUCUAAUGGUAAGCACAUAUGCAAAUGAGGAAGACGUGGGACACAGCUGUGUGUUUCCUCGCCAUCGUCAUGGUGCACGCUGCGGACGUAAGGCGGGUCCACUUGGACCGGCUGGUGCUUGGCUUUGACAGUAGCUGGUUCUACUGUGGACUCUGAAUAUUUAGUCAGCCUGAUGUGAGGUUUAUCAGCAUGAAGUGACGUGUGCAAUAGGACCCUCCCAUUUCAAGGUUCGGCCAUGAUGAUGUUGUGUGAGCGCAGGCGUUCCUGCUGCAAAUAAAGUGUGCAGGCCAGCAGUGUUUGGUGUGUAUUUGCUCAAUAAGCCCAGAGAGGAAAUUGGAGAGACGUUGCCACACCUUAGUGAAUAAGCCCAGAGAGGAAAUUGGAGAGACGUUGCCACACCUUUGGAAAGGUAACACCUCUGGACGUGUAGAAACGACAGGUGGAGGAGUUUGAGUCAUGUCAAGAGAAGGUCCUCCCACAUAUCUGGAGAUGAUGCAACCCCUCGCCGCACCUCGUCCAGGUGCACGGCAUGGUGUAAUUAUGGGGUGGAAUGAGGCGGAAGCGUGCAGUGAUGCAU